UUUUUAAUCUCCGUAUAAACGAAAGAAGAUAAACGCUUUUUGUGCAGGGCUUAAAACUACUUUGAACCAAAGCGUUAAAGCAUUGAUUAAUUGCGAUAUAGUUUACCGCUACACUUCAGGCGUCUCAACAGACCUAAGGUUGUAUUGAAGAACGAACUUUCGAUCAAGUUCAUAUCAUAUUCGGGCUAAUGGCUAAGUUUAGUAUGUUUGGCGCAGUUCUUUUGGCGGUUACUGUCGUGCAUGGAGUAUAUGCACAGGCCUCGACUAUUUCAAUCAUUCCAUCACCGACACUCCAGUCAAUGAAUAAAUCAGAAAUGUCGAUGGGAUCCAGUCAAAAAGCUUCGUUAUCUGUGACUCCUUCUGAUGCAACAACUAUGACCAACUAUGACAAAGAAUCAAUUACGCAUACUCCAGGUGUCACCCCCACUUCAGCCUAUGUUACAAUGGCAUCUUCUGAUAAAGGAAAUGACGCAAACUCAACGCUAACUUCAGGCAUCGAUCAGCAGCAAUUUGCUUCGGCUUCUGUAACUCCCACAAGCAACACAACCAAGAAGAGUAGUGGUAAUCAAAACAAAGGAUCUUUGAGCGUGAGUUUCCUGCUAGUCCUCGUCGGAUUGGCUUUCUAUCAUAUUCCAAAUUGAUUUUAUGGUAUGAACAAUGGGGAAUAUACAACAACUGUAUGUAUCAUUUUUGUUAAAAACUGUGUUUUAUUUAUUAUCGUCGCUAAUUUUCAACUUUUAUGUAAUUUACGUCCAGUUUAUGACUUCUGUAAACAAACACAAAAAAAUAAGUUAAAUAAGUUAAACUGCACACGUGUUGCGAGGAUUUGCAUAAAUAGUGUUUGCAUGAGUAUAUCAAUUUGCACUUAUAAACAAUAAAGUUUUUCAGAAUAAUUUUAUUCCGUAGAGGGACUUUAGCUAUAGAAUAGAUGUUUUUCAUGAAGAACUCAAGGCUGUUUUAUAGUUUUGACUACUUUAAAUUGAAUGAUAGACUUCCAGUUUUUUCCAACGGUUAUGGAAAGAAAGAAGAGAACAUCUUUCUUUACCGUAUGCAUGCAAAAUAACUUUUAUUUUUGACAAAUUAAUCUUGGAAACAGGGAAAAUAUUUCAUCACAAAAACUAGGGUCGAGGAUGGUGAAGGUUUUAUAUUUUACUCGUCACUUUCCUCACAGCCCCUGUGAAUGCCUGAAAGUACUUUUUUUAAGUUUGUCCAAAGUGAAAACUAGUUACAGGCUGCAAUCUUUAUGAAAAACAUCGAUAGGAACCACUGAUCUGUAUGCAUGAAAUCACAGUCUGGAUUACGCAAAUUUCUGUUUGCACAUGCAUGAAGAAUGGAAAGGCACUUGUGUCGAUUUCGAAUCGAUGGCAACGAACCAACUCUGUCUUUCUCAAUUUUCUCUAUAUUUUAUUGUAAAACGUAUUCGUGUUUUAAUAUAUGUAGUCGUAUGCUGAUUUUAACUUAAAAAA